AUGUUUACAGCUAACUUUAAAUAUCAAUAUUGUUCUCAUUCUUUUUCAAGCCAUAAUGCAUAUGCCCAACAUGUAAAUCUAUAUAUUGUUAAGUAUGAUAUUAGUACAGAAGAAUUCAACAAUUCCAAUGAUUUCAAUAAUGAAAUUUCAGAAAUGAUUUCAGAAGUCACUGAUAUGGUAGUAGAUAGUGAAAAUAAUGAAAAUAGUGAAUAUAGUGAAUAUAGUAAAAAUAGUGAAGAUAGUGUAAAUAGUGAAAGACAAGAAGAAAUGACAUCAAGUUUCAAAAUGAGAGAAAAUUCACAAGAUCUUCAAAAGUAUAAUGGUGAUGUUUCAUUAAUAUCACUUUCAAUUUCAAAAAGAUAUGAAAAUUUACCUUCGAGUUUACAAAGUUUUGAAGAAUCCAAAAUUAAAAAU